AUGAUGAUGAUAAUGAAAAGAAAUUUUAUCAUCAUCAUUUUAUAUGGUCAUCGUGAUCAUUUACCGAUGUUAACCAUAUCAUUAUUAGUAUUAUUAUCAUCAACAAUACGGAUGUUUACGCCCAAAUAUUUCCAAUCAACAGCAAUAUAUGUUGAUGCGACAUCCAUGCUGACCUAUCAUGGUAAUAGGCCAAAUUAUCUCAAUACAUUGAUGCAAUUCAAUGGACCAACAACUACGUCGAGAACCAUAACAACAAAAUUUAAACCGUUGAAAACUUAUUCACCAUUGAUGAUUGAACAACAUAAGAAAUCAUUAUUAUCUUCAUCGUCAUCAUCAUCAUUAUUACCAUCGCAAUUGUCGUCGCCGUCGAGAUUCAAAAUUAUUCAUCCAAAAAUUAUGAUGAAACAACAAUUUACAUCAUUAAAUCCAUUGGCAAAAUCAUCUACAAUAUUAAAUCCGAGCAAGUUGUUGAUUGAUUUCAAUCAGGAACAUCGUUCCUUUAAUAAACCGUUUAUUCAAUCUGGAUCACCAUCAUAUGUGCAUGGAGCAGAAUCAAAUAUUUAUAAUAAAAAAAUUUCAAUGAAUUCGCAACCAAAUCAUCAACAACAACGAUCAAAAACUAUAUUGGUCGAAAGUUAUGAACAAAUUCCUUUAAAUCUGGUAUUUCGUUCAUUAUCAAGUCAUUUGAAUCUUAUUCAAGAACAUCAAAAUCCACAAGAAAAUGAUCAAAAAUUUUAUCAAUUACAAAAACAAGAAGAACCAAUUAAAAUGGUAUUGAAUAUAACUAAACCAAUCAUACAGGAAAUACAUGAAAUGAUUUUGCCAUAUCGUAAUAUUCGACAACAAAUACAUCCAGUACAGGAAUAUAUUGAAACAACUGUAAUGGAUCAACGAAAAUUGAUUGAAGCAGAUGCAGAAAAACAAUAUCAUCAAGAUCGCCACAAUAAUGUUGAUGAUAAUGAACGGAAAUCACAGACUUUGAAUAAUGAAAAUCGAAUGAAUAAUGGAAUGGAUUCAUCAUCAAGGAAAAUGGAAAACAUUGUCUACAAUGAUCAUGGAAGCUUUCAUCAUCGUCAAAAUGCAGCACCUUUGUUGAAGCAACAACCAUUAAUGAAUGAUAAAAGUGCACAAAUUAAACAAUAUGUCGAUCAUAUCAGACAAAAACAUCGACAACAACAACAGCUGCAACACCGUAACGAUAAUAUCAAUAACGAUAUGGAUGAUAGAAUAAUGGUGAUCAAUAAUAAAUUUGAUUUGGCAAAAUCAUCAUUAUUAUCAUCAUUAGAACCAGUGAAAUCUUCAAUAAUCAUGAAUUUAGAUAGUAACUUGGAUGAUAAUGAUAAGCAACAAAAACGAUUUGGAUUGAAAAGCGAUGAUUAUCAUCAUCUUGUAAAAGAAUCACAAUCAGAGCAACAGUUUGUAACAGAAAAAAAUAUUUCUAAACCAAACAAAAACAUCCAAGUGAAAGAGGAUUUGUCGAUGAUAAAACCAACAACAAUUUAUAAUAGUAAUAAUACAGAAGGAAUGAUGAUCGAUAUAAAUAGAAUUAACGAUUAUCAUGAAAAACAGAAGCUUGAAAAUGGUAACCAAAUUAAACAAAUCAUCGAUCAAAGAAAAAAUGGUAGUAACAACAUCCGAAAUACGUAUGAUGUUUAUGAUAAUUUAGAAGGCGGAUCAAUGAAACAACAACGGCGAAUUAGAAAAGGCGUCGAUGAUAAAAUGUAA